ACUCCUUAUUUUGUCGGACAAGAUUGACAAAAAAACUAGGCAACUGGGGCAGAAGAAAAGGCAGAAAAGUUUCCGCCAAGGAACUAGAGACCUGUUCUCGACAAUGCCUCAGCCUAGUGUCAGUGGAAUGGAUCCUCCCUUUGGGGAUGCCUUUCAGAACUACGCUUUUGCUGACCAGGCACUGACCAGCACUGACCUGUUAGCCAACAGCUCUGACCCAGACUUCAUUUACGAACUGGACAGAGAAAUGGCCUGUCGCCAGAACCCUGGAGGAGAUGUGUUCGAAGUCGAGGAGUGUAAAGCAUUUGACAACAUGGAAGAACCUCCAGAACUGCCAGACAAUGAACUGACCUACAGCUCCAACUUUGAACAAUGGGACACGUACUGGGAGGACUUAACCAAGUACACUCGCCUCACCAGCUGUGACAUCUGGGGUACCAAGGAGGUGGACUUUUUGGGACUGGAUGACUUCUCCAGCCCUUACCAGGACGAGGAGGUCAUAGGCAGAACCCCCACCUUGGCCCAAUUGAACAGCGAAGACUCUCAGCCUGUGUGUGACACUCUAUACCUUCCAGACUUGUUUCCUGGUCAAAAGCAGACAGUUGUAUCUCCUCCAGUGGUAGGCAAGAAGAUGGGCAGGACCACCACCUCUGCCACAGGCACCUCCUCCAACCACAAUACACUGGCAGAUUUUGCAGAAGGUUCGCAGAAGGCCACUUGGCCUGUCCCAUCAAGCACUGAAACUAUGGCGAAGGCCCAGAUGCAAGGGCCUAGCAGGGUUGCCUCUCCGCAGCCCGAGAACACUGAUUACGUGCGCAAGGCCAAGGUUCGCAUUAGCGUCCCGCGCAAACCCUUCGUGCCGAGUAGUGCUCAACCGAUCAGUGUUUCUGCCAGCUCCCCUCUCAUCAAAGAGCAUGAGGCAACUGUCACAUUGGUUAGUAAUGUCCAAACAGCCACCAUCGAAACUCCAUCUUCUGCACCUCCCUUGGUUUGCGAGAAAAAAGUGGAGAUGUGUAAACGAGAAGCUCCUUGCGCACCUCCUCCAGAGAUGGGGCCAUCUAAAGCAAAAACGCCGAAAUUUCUCUUCCCCGUGGCUGGCAGCAGUGAGCCUGUGCUUACCGUAAGCACUGCCGGGGCAGACGCCAUUGCUGCCGAGAAGAAGAAAGAGGAGGAGCACAAUUACUCGCUGUUCUUAACCAGGGCUAGGCUUGCAGGUAAAGCCCCUGUUGACUUGGAGGAGGAUGAGGACGAAGAGGAAGAAGUAGAGGAAGAAGUAGAGGAAGAAGUAGAGGAGGAAGAGGAGGAGGAAGAGGAGGCAGAAGGGGUGGACCUGGAUGAUGAAGAUCAUGAUGAAGGGUUUGGCAGUGAGCAUGAGCUCUCGGAGAAUGAAGAGGAAGAGGAGGAAGAUGAUGAUGACUAUGAGGGGGACAAAGAUGAUGACAUUAGUGAUGCCUUUUCAGAACCAGGAUGUGACACUGACAUGGUGGAGGACGUUAAAGGUCUGACAACCGGAAUUUCCAGAAAGAGGGGCAAGCGCAGAUACUUUUGGGAAUACAGCGAGCAACUCACCCCUUCUAAGCAAGAACGUAUGCUUAAACCCUCGGAGUGGGACAGAGACACCCUCCCCAGCAACAUGUAUCAAAAGAAUGGCCUGCAUCAUGGAAAAUACACACUGAAGAAGUCGAGGCGGACGGACGUGGAGGAUCUAACCCCCAACCCACGAAAGCUGCUUCAGAUUGGGAACGAAUUGCGGAAGCUUAACAAGGUAAUCAGUGACCUGACACCGGUCAGUGAGCUGCCCCUGACUGCCCGGCCUCGUUCUCGAAAGGAGAAAAACAAGUUGGCAUCCAGGGCCUGCCGACUCAAGAAGAAAGCUCAGUACGAAGCCAACAAGGUCAAGCUGUGGGGUCUCAGUACUGAAUAUGAUCGAUUGCUGUUUGUGAUCAAUACAAUCAAGGAGGAGAUUGUGAACAGAGUCCAAGAUAGCGCAAACAACAGUGGAACCAGCAUGGCGGACAAGCUCGACAGACUCAUAGAGGAGACACUUGUGCAUUCACCAGUAGCCGGCCAGACUUCAGACUUUGUAAACCAGAUCCUGGAGAACACCGGAAAGGGCGACCCCACCGGAGGCCUGGUGGGACUACGUGUGCCCACGCUGAAAGUUUAGAGGCAUACCAAGGGUACCCGGAAGCACACUCGAAGCGAUCCGCGCCAUUCCUGUCUCACACUGUAACGGCCUGACGCUCUGCAUGCCCAUUUCACCAGGAGAGCCGUCAGAAAGCUUCACGUGGAUACAUGCAUACGAACACCUAUCCGUCUGUGCAUACGUAUGUAUAUAUUCACCAUCCACGCAUCUACGGAAAUGCAACCAGUAGUUAUGUCUGCACUCAGUAGUCUGUUUCCUUCCCAUGUGUGCACGUGGCUGAUAUAAACCUCCAUCCGCAGGCUGGCAUU